UCCGCGCCACACGCCUUCCUCCAGCAUCCCCGUCACGUGGUUUACCGCAGGCCGUCACUUUUUUCUCUUUUUUUUUCUUCCCUCACUCUCGAUUGCAUUUCGCUCCCUCCCCGUUAUUUCCUGCAGUGUCUCUCUCUGUCUCUUUGCAAUCCUGCAGUUUGAGCGCAACUCACAAGUACAGCUGCAAAGAAACUGCAGACAACAAACUACCGUCGUUCGUGUUCCCGAGUCUUUUUUCUUCACCGAAAAGGGCUCCGGUAGAAGUUCAAGUCUCUACACUAAAACGCACACUGCUUUUCUGUGCUGUUAGUGCUAGUUGUUGGACUUGCGAAGGCAGCCAGUGAACAUGGCGACUGCUGCGGCGGGCGGCGCUCCCAACCCCGGCUCCGGAGCAGAGCUGGUACGCGGACAGCCCUUUGACGUCGGUCCCCGGUACAGCAACCUGUCAUACAUCGGGGAGGGGGCCUACGGGAUGGUGUGCUCUGCGUAUGACAGGGACAGCAAGGUCCGAGUAGCCAUCAAGAAAAUCAGCCCCUAUGAGCACCAGACGUACUGCCAGCGCACCCUGCGAGAGAUCAAGAUCCUGCUGCGCUUCAAGCACGAGAACAUCAUCGGAAUCAACGACAUCAUCCGCACGCCUUCCAUCCACCAGAUGAAAGAUGUAUAUAUUGUACAGGACUUGAUGGAAACAGAUCUUUACAAGCUCUUAAAGACGCAACAUCUCAGCAAUGACCAUAUCUGCUACUUCCUGUACCAGAUCCUGCGAGGGCUGAAGUACAUCCACUCUGCCAACGUCUUGCACAGGGACCUUAAACCUUCCAACCUGCUGCUCAACACCACCUGUGAUCUGAAGAUCUGUGACUUCGGACUGGCCCGCGUUGCUGAUCCGGAUCACGAUCACACUGGUUUCCUGACGGAGUACGUGGCGACACGCUGGUACAGAGCUCCUGAGAUCAUGCUCAACUCCAAGGGUUAUACCAAAUCAAUUGAUAUCUGGUCAGUGGGCUGUAUUCUGGCUGAGAUGCUGUCAAACAGACCUAUCUUCCCUGGAAAACACUAUCUGGAUCAGCUCAACCACAUUCUCGGUAUUCUGGGUUCCCCAUCACAGGAGGACUUGAAUUGUAUCAUCAAUAUUAAAGCAAGAAAUUACCUGCUGUCUCUGCCGCUGCGGAGCAAAGUUCCCUGGAACAGACUCUUUCCAAAUGCAGAUCCGAAAGCCUUGGAUUUAUUGGACAAAAUGCUGACAUUUAACCCUCACAAGAGGAUUGAAGUGGAAGCGGCUUUGGCCCAUCCCUACCUGGAGCAGUACUAUGACCCGACAGAUGAGCCCGUGGCCGAGGCUCCGUUUAAGUUUGAUAUGGAGCUGGACGAUCUUCCCAAGGAAAAACUGAAGGAAAUGAUAUUUGAAGAAACCGCGCGAUUCCAGCCUGCCUAUCGGUCAUAAUUGUUCUACAGAGCUGCAGGCCUGGCCGUGUUCGGAUGCUGUUGUUUCUCUUGCCAGCUUCUCCUCGGUGGUGUCUUGUGGUUCGUCUUGGCUCCCCGGCAGUGCCAUCAGCUGUUUGUGGAGGACAGUCUCUGGUAGCUGUGUCUCCGAACGCUUACUCCGAUCUCUAUACAUAUUCACUAAACAGAUCCGCUCCCUGCAUGAGCAUCGGUCAUAUUAAAGAAGUGCAUUCUCUGAAGAGCAGGCUGGCUGGCUGUCUGUCUGUCUACACUGGGGAUUUCUAGGGUGUAGUAAAGUAAAAAACACUGUCACACAAGAUAGAUAUUUCAAGUAAAAAGCUGUAUUCAGAGGUUCCCUAAAAUAUACGUAGUGAGUGAAGAAUUCUGAUUUUUUUAACAAGCAGAUCGAAGAUGCCCCAUUUAGUUGUACUAUAUUUAUAUUUGUACUUUUUCUAAACACUGUUGGUAAUAAUAGUAUUGGUAUAGAAAUAUUUGACUUUGUAAGCACUUGACUUUAUAAGCACUGCACUGUUAAAAUAAUGUACAGUAUUUUUUACAUUGCCCGUCCCUACCUAAAACAGGAAAAGCAGUGUCUGUACUGUGAGACGCUGAACACACGUCGCCACGCCAGCAGUGCUGAACUCAUUUCUAAAAGCAGUGUCUGUACUGUGAGACGCUGAACACACGUCGCCACGCCAGCUGUGCUGAACUCAUUUCUAAAAGCAGUGUCUGUACUGUGAGACGCUGAACACACGUCGCCACGCCAGCAGUGCUGAACUCAUUUCUAAAUGCUUUAUAUCCCUUAUUUUAAACAGAUUUUCAUAGUCACCUAAAAACACACUGAUAAUACAGAUGUGUGUUUUGAGAUGGAAUAUAAAUAAUUCCCUUUGAACCCAAAACAUGUUUAACACAGUAAGACUCCCUAGUCUAGGUGUGGAAAAAUGUUCUUUUUUUAAUUUUUUUUUUUUUUUUAGUAAUCAAAUGCUGCUUUGUGAUAGUCCCAGUGCAUGCACUUCUUUAAUACUCUGGUCAUUGCAAAGAUAAAGACUAUCAUCAUCAUCAUCGUCGUCAUCAUCAUCAUCAUCAUCAUCAUCAUCAUCAUCAUUUUGUAAAGGGGACAUGCUCACUCACCUUGGCCUAUCAGUCGGUGUACAAAUGCCCAAACAAUUGUCGACUUCCCUUAAGAGACAAUAAUAGUGUUCUAUUGAUUUAAUAGGUUCUACUCGAUGAAUGUGGAUGGAGCACUCCAGCUAGCCCCUGAUUCCUUCAUAGUCUUGCAGAGUUCACUUUCGUCGUCUGUGGAAUCGUUAGGCACAAAGUAACCCAGCAGCAGUUUUUCAAUUUGUAUAUUCGGAUGCAAAAUCCAUAACUGGGGCUUUUUAGUUUGAAUCAAUAAAACCAAAUUACUUCCAUAUAUAAAUAAAGCAAGCACCCAUAGCUGCUCAUUUCUGCUUGCAUUUCUAGAUUAUUAUUUUAUUUUAUUUUUUUCUUCGCACAUCGCAGUGAUAUGUAAGGCUUCAAUGAGUCUGUCUCCUUCCAUCUGUCAUAUGCAGUCAACAUUUUAGUUUGAUUAUUUUCAGGCUGAAGGAGAACGGCCACGUCGCUAGCACUAAAUCAUGAAUGAAAUAACUUGUUCUCUUGCUAUGGAUUCUGCUGAGUAUUUGUGGACGCGGUUGUACAGUGUUGGACUUGACUUGUUGUUCUCAAAGUCUUUCAAGUGUAGUGCCUCCUCUUUCUCCCUUUGUGGUCAAGUUUCUUGCCUUGUAAAAAAAAAAAUAUAUAUAUAUAUAUAGGGACUGUGCCCUCGCAUGACUGUUAAAAGCUUAUUAUACAAAGACUGUAUAAGUGCCACAUUCCUCUCUCAUCGUGGGUAACCCUGUUGUAGCCACUCUGACUUGUGUUUGACUAUGCUGUGCUCUUUUAGUGAAAAUAGUGACGUUUAUUACUACCUUUUUAUAUAUAUUUUUUGGUUUAAAAAAAAAAAAAAAAAUUCAUUUUUUUCUGCUCUCUUGCUUUUUCCAACAGUUUCACGGUCAAAGCUAAGUUGUAAUUAAAAUACCUGUUACAGAUUAAACAACAUGGUAUACGAUCCCAAGGACUCUUUGGACUUGAAUCAUAUUGGUUGCCUGAUUUUUGCUUUAAGCUGGUGUAUGUGUGUGUGUGUGUGAGAGUGACUACAAAAGUGUCUGCGUUUUACAAUGACCAUUUUAAACAUGGACAUGUAGGCUAGCUAAUCUAUUUUAUAGGGAGGGGUUAUAAACAAAUACUAAAAUAGACCAAAAGAUUUUCCCUGUGAACCCCCCCUUUCAAAGAAAACACACUUCCCAUGAAGAUACAGUGUUGCAGUUCUCAAGCGCCCGCAGCAUUGUUCAGACUUGAAAGUGGUGGCAGUGUACGUGUAGCUGACAAAGUAACUCCGUAAGUCUUACCUGCUGUGCACUUCCCGUGAGCAGGUUCAUAAAGAAACACACGCUGCAGUAAACGUGGAUUUUCAUUCUAGAAAAUGAUAUUGUUUUACUGAGUACUGCAGGUUCCCACCACUGCAAUGCCUAUUCUGCCAUUAAUCAACAAGCUGCUUCUGCAUCCCUAUUCACGGAUACACUUUACACACAGGACGCUAAUUCUUGAAGUGAAGCAGUAUCCCACUACCUGAAAGUAAGCAGAUCAAACUCUCUUUGAUACGGUGCCAGACAAAAUGAAUUUGCCACUUAAUCUUGGGUAAAUUCAUAAGACAUUAACACUUCCCUUUUUGCUUUGUCUUUUUUGUUUAACUGUUUCAGUCCCGAAAUGUAUGUUUGUCGCGCUGAAGAAUAAACUCCUUUUUAUUGAGCAGACGUGAGAACAGGACAGACAGUGAUUAUUCUAGGAGUCCCAUGAAGUUCCAGCGUGAUUUCCGACAGCAGGUUAACAAGCAGCACUAAGAUAAGGCAGGACCUCAAGGGUUAAAGGAAGGUCUAUGUUGUCACUAAAUAUUUUUUUUUAACAUUUUGAUAAAGUGCACCCCAGCUUCUUUAUAAAAAAAACUUGUAAGCAAGCAUUGACUGGAGAUUAGUCUUGCAGUGCUAAUAUAUAAUGUACGAGUUUACAGUUCUGAAAAGGGUGGGUUGUGCUGCAUCUUCUUGAAGCGCUCUGCCAGUUCUGUUGUGAAAUAACUGGCUUACCUUGUUUAUCUGGUCUGCAUGAUGCCUUCUUAUUAGUCUUGAUAUUAUGAGAUUUCUAGCGCUGCUAAUUAUUUAGUGGGAGAUCAGUUUUGAUUGCAGUAAUUAUCUUCAAUCUGUCUUUGUUUUCACAAUAACAAUAAAAAGUGUACUACCACAGCUAUGUGACUGUUCUACGGUAUAUUGAGAACUUGCUGGAGAAUAGAUGGAGCGUUUUUUUUUUUAUUUAAUAUUUCUUUUGGAUGUUUCUGUAAACCUUUUUUUUAUUAUUCAAUGAAUGUUCUGUUUCUAGUGCAUAUUAAUCUUGUUUGAAAAAUAAUUGUUUUCAUGUAUUAAAUUAAUACUGUAUAAGUAUGUAACUAAUAGAGAUUUUAUUCACUACAA